UUGAAAAAUAAGAAUAAAAACGAAAAUUGUUUGCUAGAAAAAAUCGUCUAAGUAUAAAUUUAUUUAAAUUUUGUGUAAAAUAAAAAUUUUUCUUGCAAAAUUUAACCAAAACGUUGAAUAACUUUUCAAAAAGUGUGUAUCUAGUUUUUUUAAAUGUUGUAAAAAUUCGACCAUUUUUAGUGUUAUGUUAUCUCGAGUAAUCUUCGUUAAAAUCGACACACGUCGCGUGUUCGCAGUACGCGUUUCUUCUACCCGUCCACUCUCCUCGCUAUUUAAACAUCCGGAGUUUCAAUGCACUUCCCUACUUCAACAACCCGUAUAUUCUCAGGGAAAGUGCUAUCAUAAUGCUGAGGCUGAAUCAACUGGCGCACGACGACAACAACAUCUAAUAGAGCAACAGAGUAAGGCGAAGUUUCAGCCAUUAAAAAGUGCGUCUGGCACAAACAACAACAAACGCUUUCUCAUACCAUCGAUGACAACCCACAAACGGCAUCUCGGCCCACUUCAGAGCCCAUUGACUGGACCAAAGCCAACAGCCGCACCAGCCACCGACAGCGUUGACAUUAUAAGGUAUCUGUCUCCUUAAACAAGCGCUGAUACAAGAGCCUCCCUCUUUGGAAUGUCAAAUCACAACAAUCACAAAACUCUCCGAGCGGCGAACUCUAAGGGUUCUUCUUACAAUGUGAAUUUUUAGUAUCAGUAACACUUGCAAGGGAACUCUUUCAAACC